AUGGAAGUAUGGAGCAAUGAAUUUGAAGAUCCUUCAGCAAUGUCGAUUGUUCCCGUCAUGCGCAUUCACUCUCCUGUUGGCAUUAAACUUGAUCACCUUCAAAGUAUCAAGUCUUUUGUUUUUGCUGAUGUAGAUAUUUAUGAUCGAUUAAUGCAUUCUCAAAGGUAA